AUGUGGAAGAUAUGCGGCAACAGUAAGGCCGAGCCCGUACUGUUCGCUGCUGCAAUUAACGAUGAUUAUCAGCCGACAUGGCGGUUGUGGGGCGAAGAGCGGGUGGACGGCGCCAUUUACACCGUGUAUUUGAAGAAAGUUCGCUAUCAUCGACCCACUCGGAGUGCUUCAAGUGAGUCAGAUGACGAAAUCUCGCAUCUGGAGUGGGAGACGGUCCGCGUCCGGUUCGUCAAAGCUGGCACUGUCGAGAGACUGGUGGAGGCACUCGCCACUGAUGACGGCGAACUUGAAUCCACCUAUGUCAACGUAUUCCUCGCCACAUACCGCUCAUUCGCAGAAUGCAGCCGGGUUUUAGAUUUGUUGCUUCGGCGAUAUGAGGCCUUAGCUUCGGAGGAAGUUCUCCCAACUGCUUCUGAUAAUUCUCAACAACAUCGAAAGACUCUGGUGGCAUGUCUCCACGUUUGGUUGGACACCUAUCCGGAGGACUUUCGACAACCUCCUCACCAUCCUGCACUGCAGCAGCUACUCGCCUUCACACAGCUUCAUCUGCCUGGUUCGGAGCUACAUUUGAAGGUAUUACAGAAGCUAGCAGUCUUCAGUGCAGAGCGCAAUGGCGGUACGAGCGCUGGUACUGGUGCUGGAGUGUGUUUAGCUCCAGGGAUGCGGCUUACUGCCCAUCACACCAGUACCUAUCGUCUACCCCAUGUACCCCACCGACAUUUUGCCGAACAACUCACCCGGAUGGACAUGGAACUCUUCAAGAAGCUAGUGCCUCAUCAAUGUCUUGGAGCAAUAUGGUCUAGAAGAGACAAAGAUCGUUCGCACGAUGCCGCCACUGUCUUAGCCACCGUAAACCAAUUUAAUGCAGUAUCUUUUAGAGUUAUAUCAACUGUGCUGGUAGAACCAAAUUUAAGGCCAUUGGAGCGCGCAGACAUACUAGCCGCGUGGUUAGAUAUAGCCCGUGAAUUGAGGGUGCUAAAAAACUUUUCAUCGCUAAAAGCUAUUAUAUCAGGGUUACAAAGUAAUCCAGUAUAUAGGUUAAGAAAAACGUGGGCUUUAUUAGCCAAAGAAAAAUCAGAACUGUUUGAGGAGCUCGCUCGUAUAUUCAGUGAAGAUAACAAUCGUUGGGCGCAAAGAGAACUUUUAAUGCGUGAGGGUACAGCCAAAUUCGCAGAUACUGUUGGCGAGAACGAUCGCCAAUUACAAAAGCUUUUACAUGAAAGAGGGUCGCCUGGAGUCAGCCACGGAACUAUACCAUAUUUGGGAACUUUUUUGACAGAUCUAACUAUGAUAGAUACUGCUAUACCGGAUACAGUGGCGGAUGGCUUAAUAAAUUUCGACAAACGGCGUAAAGAAUUCGAGGUGCUAGCUCAAAUAAAACUAUUACAAGGUGCCGCGAACGCUUAUCACUUACCUUGCGACGCUAUGUUCGACAGAUGGUUUGACUCCGUUAUUAUACUUGAUGAUCGAGAAGCGUAUCAGCUUUCGUGUCAAAUAGAACCACCGACGAAUCCUCCCAAAGACAGGCGACCUAAGAAAAUCAAUGACAACAAUAAUCAAGGGCAUAGAAAAAAUGAUUCUAUCGCGAGCACAAGUUCAAGUAACAGUUCGCAAUUUUAUUGCGAAACCGAUGGUGCUGGUAACGCUUGGAAGAGGGAUAGCUUAGAAAGGCGAACGUCACCUACAAGACUUUCGCAUGGAUCUUCAUCAUCGUCCCUGCCUUCACUUGAUGUUUCGUUGUCAAGUGCGAAUAGUGGCCAAAAGCCAGCCAAUGGAAAGGUUACUGCCACGAGUCCAGCCUAUGCAAAUACACGUAAUGGUCCUGAUUUUUAUAUAAUUCGCGUGACAUAUGAAUCUGACUGUGUAGAGACGGAGGGUGUAGUUUUAUACAAAUCGAUAAUGUUAAGCAACAACGAGCGAACUCCACAAGUUAUUCGAAACGCUAUGCUUAAACUUAAUCUCGACGGUGAUCCUGAUACUUACACGCUGGCUCAAGUUUUACCGGAUAGAGAAAUGGUGCUUCCAGCGAAUGCUAAUGUUUACUACGCAGUAAAUACAGCAUACAAUCUCAACUUUAUAUUACGUCCUCGAAAAAUUCAACCAGCAGAACUUAUGGUUAAUGGAAAAGUGCGAAAUAAACGUUCUUAA